AUGGAUAUAGUCUCUAAGCAUAUUGACAUUUUACAUCGCUUUUAUUCAUCUGUUUCCGCAUAUGUUCCUUCUCGCGCCCGUCACAACAGGUUCUAUGGAAAGGCAGAUUAUACACUUCGUGCUCUUGGAGCAUAUUAUCGCCCGUUGCCUCCUCCUGAUACGGAGAAACUAGAAGAACAAGGUGGCGAUGGAGGAGAUUAUUGGGACGACGGUAAUUCUUUCAGUGGUACUAGAAAGAUAUUCAUUGGAUUAACUGAAAAUGCUAUCGGUUUUGUCAAGUUUAUGUAUGUCCAAAACGAUAGUGUAAUCUUCGGUGAUGAUCAUGGGAGCAAGACCCUAUCUGAUGUCCAAGAGGUCACUGAUUCAAUUCUAAUAAUUUACAGCUAUUUCACGUUAAGUGAUCCUGCGGAAUAUCUCACUUCAGUGGAGGGUGCCUAUGAUGAUAAAUCUGGAGUUAUAACCACUACCAGCAACAAAAACUCUAGGGCUUUCGGAUUCAGUACAACAUCAACCUUCACACUCCACAAGGAUGGACAUAAGAUCGUUGGGUUUCAUGGAAAAUCCAGCUACAUGCUUCAUCAAAUUGGGGUCCAUGUUCUUCCCAUUCCAUGACGAGAAUACUCAUUGAUUAGUCAUAACGUUUGGUUUUGAAAACAAUAAUAUGUCUGAAAUAUAAGAGGAAAUGCCCAAUCGCAUAUGUCUUCAUUGGUCAGUCGAUCUAAACACUUUUUCUCUCUCUCUUGAGAACUGAUCUAAGAACACACUUUUAUUGGUAAAAUAUUAU